GCUGGGGCUGUCAGUGUAGCUGCGCUGGAGUGCGUCUCCGCCGUCAGGUGUUGCAGAGCGCGAACGGCGGGUCAAGGUGACGAGGGUGGGAAGGCGCGAGGGAAACCGGUCGCCAUCGCACGGCGGCGGGAACGGCUGUGGUAACGGUCCUCACGCCUCUCCCGCGGCUUUCCCUCUCCGCCUUCCUUGCCCCCAUCUCCCGCUAAGUCUCCCUCAGCCUCCAGUGCCUCUCCGCCCAGGGUCUGAUGGCGGCGGCCGCGCUGAGGGACCUUGCUCAGAUUCCCAUGACUACAAAGGCGCUUAUGGACUGCACUCAGGGCUGUGUGACCUUUGAAGACGUGGCCAUUUACUUCUCCCAGGAGGAAUGGGAUCUCCUGGAUGAGGCUCAGAGACUCCUAUACCUGCAUGUGAUGCUGGAGAACUUUGCACUUUUAACCUCACUGGUGUGUUGGCAUGGAACUGAGGAUGAAGAACAGAGUAUUUCUGCAAAAGGAAUGUCACAAGUUAGGACUUUAAAGAAAAGUCUGUCUACCCAGAAGCCUCACCCUUGUGAAAUGUGUGUCCCAAUCCUGAAAGAUGUUUUGCACCUAGCUGAUCUACCUGGGCAGAGACCGAACUCUUCUAGAAUAUAUGCACACCUUCGCCAGGACCAAAAGCAUUGUAGUGCGAAGGAUUCACUCAGAAGACAUGUGGAUAGAGCCUCCCUUCUGAAGAACUUCAUAUACCAUUUGUCAGAGAAGCCCUCCUUUUGUAGAAAGAUUAGAAAGGACUUCCUCACCAAGUGGGGCCUUCUUCACUCCCAAGCCAUUCCCAAAGUGGAAAAGCCAAACAAGACCACUGAUUGUAGGGAGACCUUUCACUGUGGAGAUAGUCAUCACCAGUCAGAUGAGUGCAGAAAAGCUUCCGACCAGAGACAUACUGCUGUUCAGCGUCCAAGAGUAUGUUCUGGAGAAAGCACUUAUGAGUCAAGCAAAUGUGGAACUGCCUUCCGUGACAAAUACUCACUUGUUCCAUUCCAGAGAGCCCGCAAUGGAGGAAGACCUUAUGAGUGCAGUGAAUGUGGAAAAUCUUUUAGCCAAAAAGCUACCCUUAUCAUACACCGGAGAGUUCAUACUGGAGAAAAGCCAUAUAAAUGUGACAAAUGUGAUAAGUCUUUUAGUCAAAGCUCCAACCUUAUUGAGCACUGCAGAACUCACAGUGGGGAAAGGCCUUAUGAGUGCAGGGAAUGUGGGAAGGCCUUUGGGUGCAAAUCCAACCUUGUUCGGCACCAGAGAACUCACACAGGAGAAAGGCCUUAUGCAUGUGUUGAGUGUGGGAAAUUCUUUAGACAGAGCUUCAGCCUCGUUGAACACCAGAGAAUUCACACUACAGCAAGGCCUUACGCCUGUGGCCAGUGUGAGAAAUCCUUCAGUCAAAAAGCCACUCUAAUUAUACACCAGAGAGUUCACACUGGAGAAAGGCCAUAUAAGUGUGGGGUAUGUGGAAAAUCCUUUAGUCAAAGCUCCAACCUUAUUGAACACUACAGAAUUCACACUGGAGAAAGGCCUUAUGAGUGCACAGAAUGUGGCAAAGCCUUUAGUCAAAGAGCCACCCUCAUUAGACACCAGAGAAUUCACACUGGAGAAAGGCCUUAUGAGUGUACAGAAUGUGGUAAAUUCUUUAGACAAAACUUCAGCCUUAUUGAACACCGUAGAAUUCACACUACAACAAAAAUUUAUGAAUGUGGCCAGUGUGGAAAAGCCUUCAGCCAAAGAGCCACCCUCAUUAGACACCAGAGGGUUCACACUGGAGAAAGGCCUUACGAGUGUGGAGAAUGUGGGAAAGCCUUUGGCUACAAAUCCAAACUUGAUCGACACCAGAGAACUCACACAGGAGAAAGGCCUUAUGAGUGUGGUGAGUGUGGGAAAUUCUUUAGGCAAAGCUACAGCCUAGUUGAACACCAGAGAAUUCACACCAGAGCAAGGCCUUUUGAGUGUGACCAGUGUGGGAAAUCCUUUAGCCGAAGAGCUGCUUUCAUAAAGCACCAGAGAGUUCACACUGGAGAAAAGCCUUACAAUUGUGGUGAAUGUGGGAAGUCUUUUAGUCGGAGCACCAGCCUUAUCCAGCACUGUAGAAUUCACACUGGAGAAAGACCGUAUGAGUGUGACCAGUGUGGAAAAUCCUUCCGGCAAAAGUCUGUCCUCAUUCAACAUCAGGUAGUUCACACUGGAGAAAGGCCCUAUGAAUGCAGCAAGUGUGGGAAGUCCUUUAGCCAACGCUCCAGCUUUUUUCAGCACCAAAAAUGUCACACCAUGGGGAGGCCUCGUGAAGGCAGGAGAUGUGGGAAAUCCCUCAACCCCAAGCCUAAUGUCAUUUAGCACCAGGAAGUCCACACUUGUGAAAGGCCUUAGAGCUACAGGAAACAUGUUCUCUGUUUACUGUAAUGACAUGGAGAGAGCCUUUAUGUGGAAUCCGUUGGCCUGAAGAUGAACCUCAUACUUGCAGGGAUCCAGAAAGGUGAAAUUCCUCCUGAGUCCCAGGGGCUUACAGGAACAACUCUGCACACACUCUAGGCUGACUGGGGCCUUUACCAGAAGCCAUCUCCCCUGUAGUGUCUUGCAUAGCGUGUGUCGGUCACCCUGAUGUGCUGAGGCAAGGCAGAUGUCUGUUCUCUCCCAUGUCUUGGAGGAAAUCUUGAGUAGCCAGAGCCCUUGGAGUGGUGCCACGGGUCUGCAUGCUGGCUGAGAGGGCCUUAUGUGAGUUCAGGUUGAGGCUCAUGGGAAGGCUUGCCUUCAUGGAGAUUCAGGGGCCCAGGUGGUCAGGUGAUGUUUACAGACCCCAAAUCACUGAAUGGUAACUUCUUAUGUAGCGUUGCUCUAAUUUGUGUACUAAUAAAAUCUUUUUUUCUCCUCAUCUUCUACCAGGGAGCUCUGUUACCAGCUUUGGAUAGGUGGAAUUAAGAACUGGGCUCUGUAUGAAAGGUUGGGCAGCUUUUAUGGGGUCCCCACGUUGUAUGCCUUAGUAGGGGCACAUUAAUGACAGAGUAGUCUGUUCUGUUGUGAUUUGUUUACAUUACUACCCAGGGAAGCAGGGCAGGGCUUUAUGGUCUGAUUUUUUUUGUCCUCAAUGCCUCUUUUUUUUUUUUUUUCCUUUUUUAAGACUUUAGGCCACCCUAAAGAGGGGUCAGUUCAGUAUUACUUGAAAUAACCUGAUUUGUUCCAUUAUUCACACAUAAUGCCCAGCAUUGUUGAGGAGAAGCUUUUCACCAGGUUUUAUAAAGAGCCACAUGCCCUGAUGCUGGCAACAGUGUUUAGAAUAUGGAGCCAGGUGCGUGCCAUCGAAAGAAAAAUACAAGAUGCAGUGAACAGAGAAUUUAGGAGCUAGCGGUCAAACAAAUGGUGUGUGCUUCCUAUAGCAGUGUACACUAAAUCCCAGUGACCAUGGCUGUGAGCAGUCACCACGCCCCCAAAUCUGUGUUUGUCCUAUGGUUGAGCUCAUUGACAGAAAAUAUUAAGGCUUGGUGAAUUCCCAUUGUCUUUUGGAAUGUACAUCUGAAGUCUAAAUGCUAUACAGGCAAAAAGAUGAGAUAAAGAGAUUCCUAUAGGGAUUCAGUGACUUAUUUUUGUCCAUCAGGUGUGUCUGUUGUCUCUGAUCAAAGCAGCCUUUAUUGCUCCCCAGUAUUGCACUGCUUUGGGAUUGCCUUUUCCCAGGUGUGAGGGGGGAGGUAACUGUGACUAUGGGUGCCAGACCUGGUUUUCACAAAGUGGGGCAUCUAGAAUUUUUAUUUUGCACCUUAAAAAAUUUAUUGUCCGUAGCCAGUGUUGUGCUGCAGCUUGUUAAAUAGCCACUUGUGAUGCCAGAAUCUCGUAUUAGAGUUCCAGUUUGAGUCCCAGCUGCUCCACUCCCAGGCCAGUUCUGCUAAUGUACCUGGGAAAGCAGUGGAUGAUAUAACUCGAGUACUUGGACUCCUGCCAACCAUGUUGGAUUCUCAUAAGGAGUUUCAGGCCCCUGGUUUCAGGGACUGAACCAGUGGAUGGAAGAUCUCUCAUUCUGCCUUUCAAAGAAAUAAAUAAAUAAACCAUUUAAAAUUUAUAUAAUUGAUGUGCAAUAAUGUAUAUGCAUUUAAGUUAUGCAAUUUUAAGUUUUAUGCAUAUAAACUCAUGAACUGAUCAUAAUCUCAGUGAACAUGUUACAGUCACUCUGCCUUCCUCAGGCCUGCAGGUGUCAUUUUGCAUUCUUUAGAACUUUAUAUGAAUUGAGUCAUAAAUGUGUGUACUUUUUUCUGAUAUAUAUUCAUGCCUGACCGGUAUUUAAAGCUUAUUGUUGCAUAUGUAAAUACUUCAUUCUUUUCGUUGCUAAGUAGUAUUCUGUUCAAUGGAUGUGCAGCUGUUUAUCCAUUCAUCUAUUAGUAGACAGUUGCAUAAUUGCCAGUAUUGUGCUGUUACAAAAAAAGCUGCAGUGAACAUCGGCAUACAGUUCUUUAUAUGGAAACAUAUUUCAUUUCUCCAUGGCUGAUACUUUAGUUGAAUGUCUCACUUUUUAAGAAAUGCAAAAUUCUGAUCUAAACUUGUGUCCAUUGAAGUCUCAAUGGCAGUGUCCGUACCUGGUAGUCUGACUUUCUAAUUUUAACUGUUGAAUGUGUAAUGUCAUCUCACUGUGGUUUUGGUUGUGUUUCUCUGAUGUUUCAUUAUAUUGAGCAUUUUUCACCUGUUUAUUUGCUACCUUUAUAAUAUUUUCAUAACAUUUCUACUACUACUGGUCUAUUUUAAUUGGUUAAUAUUUUCAUUAAAAAUAUGUUCAACAACACAUGUUGCAACUAUAUUCUUCCACCAUGUGAGUCACUUACUUGCUAAAUGGAAUAAUUGAAUCCUAGAAGAGUUAUUUGCUUUACUAUUGUGAUAUUCAUAGUGCCUAGACCCUAUAAUUUUUUU